AGAAAUUCGAGACGGUUGAGAUCAGACACCAUAUCAUAUUGAAUAUCGUCAAUAUGGGGUCCUCUACUGCGGUCACUACUAAGGUGGCCUCUGGCACACCCUACCAACUUGACCAGAGCCAGGUCUCCAAGGCCUCUUCAGCCCUCCUGCGACACAUCAAAUCAAGACAGGACGAAAAGGAAAAAACGGCAACCAAGAAGACCCUCAUUGGAGACAACGAUGACGACUCCGACGCUGAAGACAGCCCCUCGCACAACGAAGCAGUGUGGCUUGUGCUUACGACGAAGAAGCACGUCGUCGACAAGAACCGCCUGAAGCCCGGCAAAAUCAGCAUCCCGCAUUCUCUGAAUGCCUCGCCAUCUCUGAGCAUUUGUCUGAUCACAGCGGACCCGCAGCGCGCGGUGAAAAACAUCGUUACGGAUCCUUCCUUCCCACAGCACCUGUCCUCGCGCAUUGACAAGGUCAUCGGUUACUCCAAAUUGAAAGAUCGGUACAAGAGCUUCGAGAGCCGACGACAGCUUCUCUCAGAGCAUGAUGUCUUCCUGGCUGAUGACCGGAUCAUCAUGCGUCUGGUGACUACACUGGGCAAGAUCUUCUACAAGUCUAGCAAGCGGCCUAUUCCCGUGCGCAUUGCAGAGAUUGAAAAGGUGGAUGGGAAGAAGGUGAAGAAGGACCCCCAGCAGAAGAAGUCCAAGGAUGAAGAUAGCACGUUUGCGACCCCCGCGAUUGUGGCGAAGGAGAUCGAGAAGGCCCUGAGCUGUGCGCCCGUGCACUUGGCCCCGGCUACUACUGCGGCUAUUCGCGUUGGUUCGUCCAAGUUCACGGCGGAGCAGUUGGCGGAGAAUGUCGAGGCCGUGGUGAAGGGCUUGACCGACAAGUAUAUCGCAAAGGGGUGGCGGAAUAUCAAGGCCCUUCACGUCAAGGGUGCAAACACUACUUCCUUGCCCAUCUGGCUGGCGAGUGAGCUGUGGGUGGAGGAGACUGAUGUGGUGGAGGCCCUGGAAGAUGGCAAAGCGGACGGAAAGAACGACAAGAAGCGUAAACAGAUUGAGGGUGGCGAUGAGAAGCUCCUGGAGGGAGGCAACAAGAAGUCCCGGAAGCAAAAACCCGCAGAGGAGGAUGACGACGCGCAGACCCUGGCCGCUCGUAAGGAGAAGCUCCAGAAGCAAAAGGCAAAGGCAUUGGACGACGGAGAAGCCAUAGCCAUGAAAUUCAAGAUUUUAUCCACAAUGAUCCCAAUUGCUAGAACCUCGGUGCUUCGCGCGGCCCGCGCACAGAUCAACCCAUCCCGGGCCUCUGCGCUCGCCCGUCUCCUCUCCACCCUGGCUGUUCUCGAACAACGGGAUGGGAAACUGCAGAGCUCAUCUGUCUCCGCUAUUGCGGCCGCCUUGAAACUGGGAGGCCCCGUCACAGCUUUUGUGGCUGGUACCGGGGUGAAGGCGACCUCAGCGACCGAGGCAGCCCAGUUCCAAGGUGUGGAGAAGGUUGUCGCCGUUGAGAAUGAUGCAUAUGAAAAGGGCCUCGCCGAGAACUACGCCCCUCUUCUCGUUGAGAACAUCCAGAAAGGCGACUACACCCACGUUGUGGCGGGCCACUCAGCCUUCGGAAAGAGUCUCCUCCCCCGCGUCGCUGCUCUCCUUGACGUGCAACAAGUCUCCGACAUCACCGGUAUCGAAAGCGAAGACACAUUUGUCCGCCCCAUCUACGCCGGCAACGCGAUCCUCACCGUUCAAUCCACCGAUCCCAUCAAGGUCCUCACCGUCCGCGGCACGGCUUUCCAAGAAGCCUCUGCUACCGGUGGCUCGGCUACGAUAACCGACGGCGCUGACCCCAACGCCCCUGCCCAGACCGAAUGGGUUUCCGAAGAGCUCGCCAAAUCCGAGCGCCCUGACCUGGGAACCGCCUCGCGCGUCGUCGCCGGUGGCCGCGGCCUGAAAUCAAAGGAAGAGUUCGACCGCAUCAUGGUCCCGCUCGCUGACUCUCUGGGUGCGGCGAUUGGAGCGUCGCGCGCAGCUGUCGACAGCGGCUUCGCUGAUAACAGUUUGCAGGUUGGACAGACGGGCAAGAACGUCGCGCCGCAGCUUUACCUGUGUGCGGGUAUUUCGGGAGCGAUCCAGCAUCUUGCUGGUAUGAAGGAUAGCAAGGUGAUUGCGGCGAUUAACAAGGAUGCCGAUGCGCCGAUUUUCCAGGUGGCCGAUGUGGGACUCGUAGGGGAUUUGUUUGAGAAGGUUCCUGAGUUGACGGAGAAGUUGAAGAGCCAGGCGUAGAUAAUUCUUUUUUUUUUUUCUUUUUUCUUUCUAUUUCUCCCUGAUGCUAAUGCUAUCUAUCUAUGGUUUUCUUUUGCAUGCGUAUAUAUAGUCAUGUCUUUUUUUUUGGUGUCAUACCCUGAAUAAGUGCUAGAAAAUAAAAGCCCUGGUUUACCACCUUUUCACCCUUCUUAUAGAGAAGCUCUCUCUCUCUCUCUCUCUCUCUCUCUAUGUGUGUAUAAAAUAUUAGGUAGGCAUGCACUCAAAUCAUACAAUCAUGACACAUCAUUCCUACAACCGAGAACAAAUUAAUAUACUCGAAACUAACCCUACAACCCAGCC